UCGCAGAAAAAAAUCUCUAAGCGCACGUUUCUGAAAUUUUUUUAGAUUUCGAGAUCCCGUCUUCACAUUCUCUGGAUUUUGCCACCCUUUUCGGAUAGAUGCAGAUCUCUCUUCCCAAAUUCCUCCUCGCUCUACAUCUUUUGUUCGAUGUUCUGUAAAUCCACUGUAUGCUAAUCUCGCUUUAUUUUCUUUGACAACUCCUCCGAUAACAGUCUCCGAAUUCUUCUUCUCUCUCUUAAGGGCUUAGAUUUUUUUUUUUUGAGAGAGAUCUUUUCUCGUUAUGAAGUUUUUUUUUGAGUGUUUGGUUGGAUUCAUACGGCGGAAAAAAGAGUGCGCAUUAGGCAAUUCCUGAUGUUAUUUAUGAAUUGGCUGUGAUUCAGGAAAUUAAUUAGGAUAAGUUUUGGACACUUUUGAAGCGUUAGAGAGAUGGAGGAAGGUAAAGAGCCUACUAUGAUUACCAGGACAAGCCAAUCUAGGGUUUUGCCUCAAAGGUUGCUUCAAUUGCUUGUACCUUUUCUGGCUUUAUGUUUCACUUUCUCUGUAGUUAGUGUCUAUACGAUUAAGCAUUUUGGAGUUCAAAGUAUAGUUACUACAGUAAGGCCUACUUUACAGCCCUUCAUUGAGGAUGAGCAGAAUAAUCUCGACGGUUGGAUCCGGCCUCCGGCCGAUUUGAUGCAUUCAAUGAGUGAUCAGGAGUUGUUGUGGAGGGCAUCUUUUGCACCCAAAGUGAAGAAGUAUCCAUUUAAGAGGGUUCCAAAGAUUGCAUUCAUGUUCUUGACUAAGGGGCCAUUGCCAUUGGCACCUCUUUGGGAAAGGUUUUUUAAUGGUCAUGAGGGUUUGUAUUCAAUAUAUAUCCAUUCACUGCCAUCAUAUCAGGCUGAUUUUCCAUCCUCGUCAGUUUUUUACAAGAGACAGAUACCAAGUCAGGUUUCAGAAUGGGGAAAAAUGAGCAUGUGUGACUCAGAGAGAAGACUUCUUGCUAAUGCCUUGCUUGAUAUCAAUAACGAGUGGUUUGUUCUACUUUCCGAGUCAUGCAUUCCCCUCUUCAAUUUCACUACUGUAUACAAUUACAUAUCACAAUCGAAAUAUAGCUUCAUUGGUGCAUUUGAUGACCUGGGGCCAUACGGGAGAGGGCGCUAUAAUUACAACAUGUUGCCCGAGGUUAACAUCACCCAAUGGCGUAAAGGGUCCCAAUGGUUUGAAAUCAACAGAAAACUUGCUCUCUACAUUGUUGAAGAUGCUAAAUUCUACCCAAAAUUUGCAGAGUUCUGCCGACCAGCAUGUUAUGUGGAUGAACACUAUUUUCCGACUCUAUUGACUAUUCGGGCUGCAAAUUCAUUGGCAAAUAGAAGCAUAACGUGGACGGACUGGUCAAGGGGAGGUGCUCACCCUGCUACUUUUGGACAAUCAGAUAUAACUGAGGAAUUCAUGAAGAGAAUUUUUGAAGGCCAAAAUUGUGUAUAUAAUGACAAGUCAUCUUCUAUUUGUUAUCUUUUUGCCAGAAAAUUUGCUCCGAGUGCCUUGGAACGGUUAUUGUUUUUUGCACCAAAGUAUUUGGGAUAUUAAACAAGAGGAAUCCAUUCUUGGUUUCGAAUAGAUCCUUGGGAUAGAUUUCUUGAAACUGAGGCCAAUUUAUUGUUAAUAUGUUAGAUUUCCAUUUGGAGGAUGGAAAAUAGAGCUUCAAUACAGAAUGAUUGAACAUGGGAAGAUAUUGAUGCGUUGGUGCUUAAAAAUACAUUAUGGUUAAUGAUCAAGUCUGAUUUGUUGAUGGAUA